CCGGUUAUUACCCAGCACUCCCUGCGAUACUGUAAAAUGGCGGCGAAUGCAAGCACAAACAUAGCUGUCUUUGACUGUCCGUCAUGAAACUGAUCAUUGACGAGAAGAAGUUUUAUCUGUUUGGGAGGAACCCAGACCAAUGUGACUUCACGAUAGACCACCAGUCCUGCUCACGGGUCCAUGCGGCACUGGUCUAUCACAGACAUCUGAAGAGGGUCUUUCUUAUUGACCUCAACAGCACUCAUGGCACAUUUCUGGGCAGAAUCCGCCUCGAACCUCACAAACCUCAGCAGGUGCCGAUUGACUCGACUAUGUCUUUCGGUGCGUCCACAAGAGUGUACACGCUGAGAGAGAAGCCCCAAACACAGAGCGGCUCAACGGCAGGAGACAGUAAAGGACUGGAGGAUGAAGAACUUAAGGGAUUGCUUGGCCUUCCAGAAGAAGAGACGGAGUUGGAGAACCUGACUGAGUUCAACACGGCUCAUAACAAACGCAUUUCCACACUCACCAUUGAGGAGGGAAACCUGGAGAUCCAGAGACCAAAGAGGAAGAGGAGGAGCUCACGAGUGUCCUUCAGCGAGGAGGAGGAAAUCAUUAACCCAGAGGAUGUUGACCCCUCCGUUGGACGCUUCAGAAACAUGGUGCAGACAGCUGUGGUCCCCAUUAAGAAAAAGAAAUUCGAAGGCCACGGCACGUUGGGAUUGGACGACAGCAUAGCGCGCCGAUUACAGAACUUCCCCCUCAGUGCUGGGCUCUACGGCGACCUGCCACCCACCAGCCACGAUUUAGGAGGCCAGGGGGGCGGUGGCCAGGGAGGCGGGUCAUCGGCAAUCCUGGCUGGGAUGCCUCUACCUUUCCCCAACCCCGCCCCAGAGAUCGAUCUCACACCCACCACUGUGCAGCCCCCUGCUAUGCUGAACCCCACACCUGCGCCAGGACCUUUUAUGGCCGAGCCCCUGAACGAGCCACGCAAGAAAAAAUAUGCAAAGGAGGCGUGGCCUGGCAAAAAACCCACCCCCUCCCUGCUGAUCUAACAUGCAGGACUUCUUGUUUUACAGUGACACACAAGACUUUGAUGCUUACGUUUACAAGCAUCUGCACGUUUGGACCACAUUUUCAGGUUAACGGUUCCAAACUCUACAGGUUUUUACAGAUUUAGACGCUUCAAAUGCAGAAGGUUACCUGUUGCAGGGCGAGGCAUUACCGCAAGGAUUAUACAUUUGGGAAGGUGAGGCGUAACUGUGUAGACACACUAUAAACUGGUACUAUCAGCCUGAAGUCAGUGAAACUCAUGAAAACAUUGUCGGCAAAGAAUUCUCUCAUAGAUGAUUAAAAAUUAUUUUGCAAUUGUUAUUUUUAGGACCUGUUUGCAUUGACAUUUUCAUAAGAAUUACAGACAUUUCCCACACAAAUUCUCAUUAACAUGAGACAUGACAUCAUUAUCAUAAUCUUUCUUAUUCUAGAAGAUUUAAUAAAAACUUGGGAACGUUUCUGAUGAACACUCGACCAGAAAGCUUAUACCACAACCAACAGAUAUCAGCAGAUGAUUGAAUAAAUGCAUUGUUAUAUUAGAGAUACAAGCUGACAGCUGCUGUUACUCUUGGCCAUAAGGUAAACCGCGAUGGCAUUUUAACAAGAAUACUUAUUUAAAACCCUGUUUUGUGUUGGACAGAAGUGUCAUUUUAUCGUUGUUCAAUUAUAAUUUCAUGUAUCUUUGUUUUUAAAGAGAUUUUUUUAUAUUGGCCUACACAAACCAAACCAUAUCAACCAAAUGUUACAGUAAUGGAUUGUAAUGUUGAAAACUAAAUCUGUAGCAUUGAUUAACAUGUCCGAUUUCUUUUUGUGCGUUUACAUGACUGUUUGUAUCACACGAUUUAAUGAAACAUUUCUAAAUAAUGCUAUGUAUUUGGUUUAUAGAGGGUAAUGCAACUUUAAACCUGUUCAAAGAUAGAAAUGUAAAUGAAUGGAGGGAGAUGCCUCGUAAUGUGAACUGUUUUGUUAGCGUUUUUAUAUAUAUAUUUUUUAUAUCUUGGAUGUUUCUUGCUACCCAGUGUAAGAAGCAGUAAUGGCAAGAUUUAAUGUGGAAAGAUGAAAAGGAUUUCUGUCACUGUUGGAUUAUUUGUCUAAUAAACAGUGUUCCUUACUUUAAA